AUGUUAAAAUUAACUACAAAUAUGCGUGUUCAACUGCAAAACGACUCAUCAGCUGAUAUAUUCUCACACCCAUUUCUGGAAAUUGCAUACAACGACCAAGGUAGCAGGAAGGUAGAUAACAUUCUAGAGGGCAAGACGGGCAUAGUUUGCAGCGGGAAGGGGAGAGAGGACAAACCAAGAAGCAAAGGCGAUAUACCAAGAAGCAAAGGCGAUAUACCAAGAAGCAAAGGCGAUAUACCAAGAAGCCAAGGGAGAUAUACCAAGAAGCAAGGGGGACAUACCAAGAAGCAACGGGAUAUACCAAGAAGCAAAGAAGCCAAGGGGGAUAUACCAAGAAGCAAGGGGGAUAUACCAAGAAGCAGCGGGGACAUACCAAGAAGCAAGGGGGACAUAUCAAUAAGCAAGGGUGACAUACCAAGAAGCAAGGGGGGACAUACCAAAAAGCAAGGGGGACAUACCAAGAAGCAAGGGGGAUAUACCAAGAAGCAAGGGGGAUAUACCAAGAAGCAAGGUGGAUAUACCAAGAAGCAAGGGGGAUAUACCAAGAAGCAAGGGGGAUAUACCAAGAAGCAAAGUGGAUAUACCAAGAAGCAAGGGGGACAUAACAAAAAGCAAGGGGAACAUUCCAAUAAGCAAGGGGGACAUACCAAGAAGCAAGGGGGAUAUACCAAGAAGCAAGGGGGAUAUACCAAGGAGCAAGGGGGAUAUACCAAGAAGCAAGGGGGACAUACCAAGACGGAAGGGGGAUAUACCAAGAAGCAAGGGGGAUAUACCAAGAAGCAAGGGGGAUAUACCAAGAAGCAAAAGCAAGGGGAACAUUCCAAUAAGCAAGGGGGACAUACCAAGAAGCAAGGGGGAUAUACCAAGAAGCAAGGGGGAUAUACCAAGGAGCAAGGGGGAUAUACCAAGAAGCAAGGGGGACAUACCAAGACGGAAGGGGGAUAUACCAAGAAGCAAGGGGGAUAUACCAAGAAGCAAGGGGGAUAUACCAAGAAGCAAAGUGGAUAUACCAAGAAGCAAGGGGGACAUAACAAGAAGCAAGGGGAACAUUCCAAUAAGCAAGGGGGACAUACCAAGAAGCAAGGGGGAUAUACCAAGAAGCAAGGGGGAUAUACCAAGGAGCAAGGGGGAUAUACCAAGAAGCAAGGGGGACAUACCAAGAAGCAAGGGGGACAUACCAAGAAGCAAGGGGGACAUACCAAGAAGCAAGGGGGACAUACCAAGAAGCAAGGGGGACAUACCAAGAAGCAAGGGGGACAUACCAAGAAGCAAGGGGGACAUACCAAGAAGCAAGGGGGACAUACCAAGAAGCAAGGGGGACAUACCAAGUAG